GGACAUUGCCGCGCGAAACUGCCUGGUAAGCCACAAUCACGAGAGCGGCAGGAUUGUAAAACUGUGCGACUUUGGUUUGGCACGGGACGUCUACAAGAACGACUACUACCGCAAACGCAAUGAGCCGAAAUUGCCCGUACGCUGGAUGUCCCCCGAAGCCAUUCUCGAAGGCCUGUUUACCAGCAAGUCGGAUGUUUGGGCAUAUGCAGUCACCUGCUGGGAAGUAAUGACUCUUGGAGCCGACCCGUUCUACGGACAAGUUAACUUGGAAGUCAUCAAUCUCGUCCUCGGCGGGACAGUGUUGGCACGACCAGAAAACUGUCCAACCGCACUGUGA